AUGUCGCAAGGAACCGAGCCGGACGAAGAUCCGGGAUUAAAGCCAAUGGCUCAGACAACCACUGGUAGUUUUCUUUGCCUCCACACAUCGCCGCCGCUGCACAUAGCCCUGCAUGGAAUGUCGGCCCUGAUCCACACCCGUUUGUCCAAAACGGCCUUCGACCUUUGCCUUGAGCUCCUGGAGGCGGGGGUCAAUGCCCAGGAGCUGGCCAAGGUCGUGCUCCAUGUGCUGGACGUCAAGGAGAAAUCGCAAGCACCUAAAGAAGUCACGACGUCAUAAAAUUAAAACUUUCCUACAGACACGCCGAUUACUCUUAUCGCAUCCGACCUCCUCAGCUCGACCCUCAACCCUGGACGUGAUCACCACGAAGAAAUCCCUUCAGCUAUUCGAUAAGCAAUAUCAGUUAUAAUUGGCACAGACUAUAAACACUAUCAUAAAUCGUUGAUAAUUUGGUA